ACGGUGAGAAGAAACGGAGGCGAAGAAACCGACGAUCGGACGCCGGCGAGAAGGAAGCGAUGCUUGGGCUCUCUUACGGUGAGAUUCUAGUCAUAAUCGGCGCAACCGCCGCUGUUGUAGAAGUUCAAGAUUUGCGAGCACAAGUUGAUGCUAUUAGCCAUGGAGCAAGCUUCUCUCUGUUUAAUUCAAGUCCUUUGACUCGAAGAGUAGACAACCAUUCUCAAGAAUCUAAUCAAAGCACCAAUGUUUUAGGGAAUGUUACAUCGGUUAAUAACGUUGAAGAAAGACAUAAGAGUACAGAUCAUUGGACAAAGGCUCGAGAAUUUAGUGGCUCGUCGGCGUCGGUUUCAGUUAACAUGCACGCGCAAGCAACAGCAUUUGCACGAUUGUCUGAGACAGUCAGUGGCAAAAGCCAAACUCUAAGCAGCGAUUCAGAUCUCUCGCAUGUUCUUCCGGUUUCAGCUGAGAUGGCGAAGUUGCUCCCUCUUCGCAAAGAGAGUGCAAGAGGAUCUGAUUUGAUGCUGGAGGCGGUCCUUGAAGCUGAAGUAGCACACAAAGCCAAACAGUUUUUCGCACAAGCCGAAAAAGAAACUCCGGCUUUAAAAGGGAAGUUUAUCAGUGACAAGGAAGGAGAAAGU